UCCCGUCUCAACUCGCGGGUAUGAGUCUCUAACAACAAUAAUCAUAACGAGAGAUAGCUAAUAUGUGUCGCGAUAAAAAUGGCAAGCCGGACUUCUAUUCCGUGCUUCGUGUGACUCGUGAUGCUAACGAAGCCGAGAUAAAAUCUGCAUUUAGACGACUAAGCCUCAAGUAUCACCCAGAUAGGAAGGACUUGUCUUCCGAGGCCAGCAAUGAGAAUUUCGUUCAGUUGAGAGAAGCCUUCAGGAGCAACUAGAGGAGCUCUGGACUACUUUCGAUCACCUCCAUCGGCCACGUAUUACCAAACUUCCACCAUUAUAUCUCUCAUUUAUGGAACUCCGGCAAGUAAUUCUCGCAAUGAAAGAUGAGGGGACGAGAUGGAAAAACAAGAUAGGAAUCAUCACGAACGAAACAAGAGGACCAGUUACUG